AUCUAAAUCUUGCUCUGUACUUCCUGAUAAAGUAACCCACAUAGUUAUCCAAUUAGCAGGAUAAUUAGGCUGUUUCUUUCAACCAUUAUCUGAGAAAAUUAUUAACAUGGCAAACAAGUAAGUCUAAACGUUAAAUGCAUUUUCUGCAACCUGAUCUAUUCCAGGGGCGUCACCCCCCCCCUUUUUUUUUUUUCCGGGUGAGUGGUGGAAGCCAACCCCAGACCUUGUAACUUGUACCUGAACUUGACUUAGAGCAACCUGCUCUAUUCCAGGGGCGUCACCCCCCCCCUUUUUUUUUUUUCCGGGUGAGUGGUGGAAGCCAACCCCAGACCUUGUAACUUGUACCUGGACUUGACUUAGAAGUUCGUUUGUUUUAAAUUCUGUCACAGUGCGAACUGUGUGUGGGUCAUGUCAGUCAGUCAUGCCAUGGUAAUGCCAUUUUUGUUUAAUUCGAGAGUUCACUCUUAGCAAUUUACCUUUUCUCCUAACAACACACUCCCCCCCCCCCCAAAAAAAAAAAAAACAAAAAAAAAAAAAAAAAAAAAAAAAAAAAAAACACCAAAAAUAAUAAGUAUUGAGUAAUGAGUAUUUUCUCCCAUAUUCACAUUCAUUCAUUUUAACUAGAGAAAUUCAAAAGCAGUUAAAAUUAUUAAUAUUAAAAUUUUAGUUUAAGUUGUAACUAAUGUCACUUUACUUAAAAGUGUUUCGCUUGAUCUUUCAAAAAGCUAAAGGUUAGGUGUUUUCUUUAUAUUUAUGAGUUUAUCAUACUCAUACAUACUGUAUGAGUUACUGAUUGGAUCCCCAGCUGUUUUUGACCCUGACCUGCGUUUCUGAUAGAAAAUCGUAAUAGAUUACUAUACUUACAAACUCAUUAAUGAAUAGAUAGCUUGAACUGUGCAUCAUGUGUGCUUUGGUUAUCUAGUGAGUUUUCAGCUAUUAUGGUUUUUGGCUACUGAGUGACUGACUGUUGAAAAAUAUUUUUUUAUUUUUAAGGAAGAUAAGUUUUCUCUUUCUGGCACUCAUUCAUGAAUAAAGGAUGUUUUUUUUUUCCCCUGACAAAUAAAUUCUGACAUCCAAUUUUUUAAUCCAAAACAGGAAACCAUGGUAACUAAAGGUCCACCAUUGUCUCUGGAAAUUAUUUGUGGAACACCAUUUUAACAUUGACUCCAGCAAAAAAGGCAUUUACUCCAAAUCCACACCUCUUUCUUUUCUACACACUACUAAGUUGUAUUUGGGAGUCAUUAGGAAGUUUUAUAAUAUUUCUACCCCAUGCCCAUUACAGUUUUUCAGAGAAACUCAACCGGUCACCAAUGUGUGCAUGACAUUAAAAAUUUAUUGACUCUUAUUACAAGAUUAAGACUCCAGGACUUUUUAAUUUAAUGUUUUAAUUAAAAUACUAUUACAUUUUGAAACCUUCUCAUCUUUUUUAACUGAGUAGUUAUGAAAUUUACUUUCAGAUUCUCUGAAGAUGCGGAGCUGUCAGCAAUAAUAAGCAAGCUUUGGGAGCUAGAUGAUAAUAAAUGCUUUCCUGGAGUAGAUUAUGAAAUAGAUUUACAAGGUGAUUUUUUAUUUAUUUUAAAAAUUUCUUUCACUCCAUAAGUAUUAAGGUGUUGAACAAUAUGUGACAAGUAAGAAACAUAUAAAUAGUUUUUAAGCACUAUAUUAAACGUGUAAUCUUGAACUGCAUAUCCAUGCAUUCUUGAAAUGAAUAUAAAGCAGUUCUUACUUUCAUAGGCUACAUCAACAGCACACGAGACGUGAGAGAAGACAGGGCGAAAAGUAAACUUUUUCAGUGGGUAAAUGAAGAGAAAGUAUUUAGUCGGCGUACAUAUAAAAGUAUGUUGUUCACAAAGCUGUUUUAUGUUGUUCACAAAGCUGUUUCAUAUUGUUCACAAAGCUGUUUCAUUUCAUGUUGUUCAACAAAGCUGUUUCAUGUUGUUCACAAAGCUGUUUCAUAUUUAGUUUUUGUUCAAUCUAUUUUAAUGAGUUUUGUAUAACUCUGAUUAUAAAUUAUAAAUUACAAUUCCAAGUAGUAUAAAUAAUUGCUUUAGAUAUAUAAUCUAAUGCAUUUAAAAUAUUAAUGUAAUAAUAUUAAUGUGAAAGAAUUUACUUAUUUAUAAUAAUUUAUUGAAUAAAGUUCUUAUGAUAGUUUCUAAAAAUCUUGCAUAACUUAAUAUUGAUUGCAUGGCUUUCAGCUUUUCGAGCACUUUUAGAUAACUAUGAAAUGGAACUUGGUCAAGAAGAAGUAGUUACUCGAGAGGAACUCAGAGAGAACCAUGAAUUCCUUUCCGCCAUCAUGGAUACAAAUGUGAUGAAAGAAGCUCAUAGAUAUCUUGUGUCUAAAGGAGUCGCCCCUCAAGACAAGAUGCAAUUCAAAGCCAUGCUGCACGACAUUUGGUUUAAAAUGUUCAGACGUCAAGCAGCCAGGUGUGAUGUUACACAAGGAAGUAAAUAGAUGUAUUUGCGGCAACAUAAAUGCAAAAAAAUAAUUUUGCAACAUAAGGCACAGUGGAUUGGUGCUUUGUUAAUAAAUAAAUUCAAAAGCCAUUAAUGUCGUGAAUUUAUCAUUUCACACUAAAUUUUUCAAUGUUCUGAGGAAAUGACAAAUUAAAAUCAGCAAAAUAAUUCAAAACAGUACAUUUAAUUGUUAAAAUGUAGCUGGAUUUUAAAAUAAUCUUGUGUUUAAAUUUUAUAUUGAAGUAGCCUAUGUAUAUUUAUUUCUGUAUGUAGGGGAAAUGACUCUUGCAGCUUUGAGCAUGUGUUUGUUGGUGAAGGCCGUGGGACUGAAAUGAUUGGUCUGCAUAACUGGAUCCAGUUUUAUCUGCAAGAGAAAGCUGGAAACAUCAACUACCAUGGCUACUUCCGUAGAGAUACAGUAAGUGUAUCCCUUUCGUCAAUGUUCUUCUGUAAAUCAGCUGGAAAUUGUGCGGAAAAGAUCUGAAAAAUAUUUCUUUUAAAAAUACACAAAUAUUCACUAUUCUAUGAAAUUAAAAAAAAUUAUAUAAAAAGUAAACUAUGUUGGGUUGUUAUCAUUUUACCUACAUAUUUAACUGUUUUACACUUAUCUUGAAAUUUAAAAAAACAACCAAUCCAAACUAUAAAAUAUCUAAAUAUCUAGAUUAGCAAAUUUUUACAUGUUGACUUUUGGAACUUAUUAACAGAUCCGAGAUGAUGAAAUUAUCCGGCUGUUGGCUGUUCAGUUCACCUGGAAAGGGAUCAAGGCUAAGCCGCUGUGUAGUGUUUUUAUCGGCUCCAGUCCUGAAUUUGAAGUUGCAGCCUACACUCUCAGUCUCCUGCUAGACCGUGAUGGGAAAGUGGAUCUAAAGCUUGGAGAGUACGAGGUGGAGUUGACAGUUCACAGCUUUGGGAGGCAACGCAAGCUAGGUACCGCUUACAUUGCAGCUGCUAGAAUGGAGUCCUAUACAAAGAGUAGACACUGGUAAUGAAGAUCUACUGCAGUUAACGGUUUAGUUGAUGUGAAAGUGUAAAGAAACACAGAAUGUCACAUAAUGCAUUUAUUUUACAAGGUUGUCCUUUAAAUCUUUUUUAAUGUCAAAGAAAUGAUAUUUUAGAGAAAGCUCUUCUGUAUUAAAUUAUUAGUAGCAUCUCUGCUUAAAAUUUUACAAUUUUUUUUUAAGCUUUCCUUUUUAAUUUUUAACUCAUCCAAUAUGUGUAUAUGAAGCUGGAGUUUGGAGAGAGUUAAAAAAAAUUGCAAGCCACAAAAGGCAUGGAAAUAUAUUGUUGAUGGCCUAUGCUCUACUUUGAGUUAAAAUGUAAAGAAAAAUAUGUGUAUAAAUUAUUGAAAGCUAUUUUAUAAAGUCAUCAAAUUUGAGUAAUAAAUAACUGGAGAAAAGAUGCCAUAAAUUUAGAUAUUGAACAUUAUUUUUAUGAUUUUUCCCAUCUUUUAUUUUACUUCACAUUUCAUCUUUUCUCCAGGUCAAUUUUAAAACAAAUUCUCCAAGUCCUAGAAAUUAAUCAGGCAAAGUAAUGUCAUAAAACAUUUUGAUCUAUCAAAAUUUGGCUGAAAGUUGAUUUAGCAAUUUAGAAAAUAUUUGUAGUUGAAAGUUAUAAAAUUAUUUCUAGUUAGAAAUUUUAAAACUAGCCUUUGAUUGCACUAAAUAAUCACUCCGGUUACUUCCUUGUGACAAUACAAACCUUGACUUCUGCUAAAUUUUUUCCAUAAUAAUUUCCAUAGAUAGCUCAAUUCUGAGAUAGCUCAAUUCUGACAGUAUUUUCUUUCGGUUACACCGUGUCGAAUUCUUCCAGUACAAUUUUGUAAAGUAACAGUUUUCAAUGCAAAGAUUUUAAUUUUGUUUUUUCACAAAUCAAAGUUUUUAAAAGUAAAAUUUGUAAAUGAUUCUGGAAAUUAAGAAAAAUUUAAAUUUCAAAACUUUGGUUUGAAGAAAACAAAAUAAUCUAAACUUAGCAAUAUGCCAUACUGGUAACAUAUUUUAAAUGUUAAUAUCUACAAUGUUAUUGUUGACAUAGUUCAUUGUUUAAUGUGGACUAUCUAUAAAGUAUACAACAUGAUAGAUCUUAUAAAAUUAGAUAACACUUCCAGUUUUCUUGCCAUUAACUGCUCGUUUCAUGAAAUUACAAUUAAAAAAAUCAUUGUUUGUGUUAGUUUUUAUGAACCUUAUUUUUAGCUGCCGUAUAAAUAAGUUAUUUUUGUUUUUUCCUUAAAUUACUGUGAUCCAUAUUUUCUCUUCUCAAAAA